AUGGCAGAAACAAGUGGCACAAAGGAAACAGUGGAAGAUGUCCCACUAGUAGAGGAAGCAGCGUCUUCUGGCGAGACCAAGGACGUUGAAAACAGUGCGAAAACUGAAAUUCAGUCUAAGGACGAAAAAAAGCUGGCUGGAAUUGAAAAUUCUGAAGGGAAAACUACCGAAAGAGCAGCAGAAAAGCCAGCUGAGAAACCAAUUGAGGAACAAGCUGAGCCAGUUUCAGAAUCAAAGGGGAAAAUCGACACCACUGAACCCGCUGUGUCUACUGAAAAGCCAAAACUCUCUGAAGCGACAACCAAGAAGGAAAAUAUGGAUUACGCGGACGAAGAACUUCCGCCUUUGCCCAAGCGCAACAGCUCCAACACGCAGGUUGUUCAGAAUCCUAUUUUGGCGGAACUCACAGAGGCGUUUCCCAACGUUGAGGCCAAGUACGUGAAAGCCGUUCUGAUUGCCUCUAGUGGCGCUCUGGACCCAGCUUUCAGCGCUUUGCUAUACCUUUCGGACCCAACUUUCGAAGCAGAGGCCGCCAUUCCGAGCGCUCCUCCUCAGACCGACAGGGAGGGCCCUGUCCGGUCUUCAAAAGGUGGUAGAACGCAGUUUGAACAAGACGAGCUGUUGGCGAGACAAUUGGACGCUCAAUUUAAUAAGUCUCGUUCUCGCCACGCUGCUCGCCAAGAAGCGGAAGGAGGUGAUGAGAGAGCAGCACGCGAAAGCCGGAUUCGCCGCCGCCAAAGGGAAUACGAAAGACGCACUGCUCAAGGUCAAAGGCCUAUGAAUCCAGAAGAACAAAGGUAUUACGAUGAACUGGGACACGAAGCGAAUGACGAUGAUUUUUUAAGCCAAUUUGUGGAAAAAGAUCUGCCUGAGAUUCGUGAUAGGGUAGGCCGUCAAGUUCAAGAAACUGGCAAGAAGGUUAAUGAAUGGUUUACUGGGAUUCGCAAGAAUUGGACUCAAGAACAACAGCCGCAGGAGUCCCAGUACGAGGACUACCCUGAAUUCUCGCAGCGUAACAAUGCAGCUCAACGAUCUCAUAGAAGGAACUCGUCCAACAGGUCUUCCGGCUCAGACAACGAUAAGCAUGUGAGGCCAGAACAAAGAAAUGUACGGUUCAACUCAUUUGGGGCCAAAGAGGGUGAUGAUAGUGCGGAUACAUCACAAAGGCUCGCCAGCCAUGGUAUAUCAAUAUUCAACAAAAUGGAUUCUGACGAAAGAUACGGCGACAACGACGAAGACGUUGCUCCUCAAUUGCCUUCUAGGAACAAGCAACCAGCAGUGGAAGCCGAAACUACUUACAUUGACACCCCAGAAACAGCUACUCGCAAGAAAUGGCAGCCUCUUCCUCCAGAACCAAUCAAUUUGACUCCGAGCAAGGUAAACGCGACCGCCAGCAAGGACAAGAAGAAAGCCUACAAAGACGAAGAGAAUGAUUUUCUCAUCAAUAGCGAUGAUGAGCUAUGA